AUGUGUAUUGCCUUUUUAUUAUUUUAAAAUUCACUCUCUUUUGGUGUUGUAGUAAGAUUGAAUAAAUUAUUUCGCAAAACUAUAUAAUUAACCAAAAUUAAAUCUGAUAUAUUCAACAUUGUCCCUUUUAUAUCUUUGAAUUAUUUCAUAGAUUAUUCCUGUCCCAAAAUUCAGAAAAAAUCAAGUAUUAACUUACAGAUUUUAUUAUUAUAGUAGCCGAAUAAGAAAAGCUUGGAAUUCAAUUUUGAUCGUUAUAACCCAAAGAAGAAUAAAAAAUUUCUUUCUAAGGUAUAAAGUGAAUCUAAAAGGUCCUUAGGGAAUAUUUCCAUACAAUAGCUGCUUAGAAAAAGACGAGGUAAAAUUAAAAAUCAAAUACCUAAAUAGCUCAACAAAUGGAUAAAGUUUAUAAUAUCAUAUAUUUUCAUUAGAGAAUUCAAUAUGUUCUUAAAGAGCUUUAAUCUGGUAGGUCAACUCAGAUGAAAAAGUCUUAAGCUAUUUUAUCCAAGUUAAUAAAAAAGUAUAACGUCCAAAUCUAAUAAUAAAAGAGGAUCCUUCUGGGGGCUUUUUCUACUGGAACAAUGGCGAAUUUAAAUAUACCAAAAGAUAAGGAAUCAAUAAAUGGGACUAAAAUAGACCACUAUAUAUCUUCCGAAAUAAAGGAUCAAAUGUUUUCUAUAGCAAGCAAAUAGUAGAUCUAAACAAUAGAGUAAAUAGCAUAGAAAAUGAAUUUAAUGUAUUGCAAAAUCUUGUCAAAUCACUAAUUUGUUUUCGAUUUAUUGAAUUUAUUUAAUAUUAUAUAUUUAAUUUGGAUUUCAACUAAUAGAAAAGAGAAAACAUUAUGUUUAUAUAUGAUUUAAAAAACACAAAUCUUUUGA